AUGGCAUUCGUGAAUGCCGCCACGGUGCGGCCACCCUCGAGCUACUCGGGCUAUGCCUCUCCAGGCUUUGCAGGCGCCGGCUUCUCCUCUCCUGGAUUUGUCGGAUCUCCUCCCAGGCUUGGCCAAGUUCGACCCGAGGGUCGGCGAAGCCGAACCAGCCUGAGCCCUGUAAUGCCCCAGGCCCCUCUUGGACCCUCCUACAGUGCCACGAGCCUGGUGUCCUCGGAAAGUGGGCCCAGUGCCCGAGCACCGCCUCGCAGCACAGGGUCGGUGCUGGGGCAAGGCCAGGUGUUGCAGGCUCCUCCCUCGGUUCAACCGGUGAUCGCCUUGCAAGGGCCCCUGCAAGCGGAGCAGAACUUGGUUUGGCCACCGGAUCCGACUGGACGAUCGGUGCCGCAGCCAGUACCGCUGUUUGGAAGGACUUUGAGAUCCUCACCGGGCUCUACCACAUCCCUGCAAGGUGCAGCUCAGAAUACCCUGGUGAUGCCUGCACCUGUGGCCAAGCCUAUGUGGGUCAUCGAGGAGGUAAUCGACUUCGAUGUCGAGGAGAAGGAGGAAGAUCCUGAUCUUGAUGAUUUCGGACGUGUUUGCCAGUCACGAUUCUUCCCGGCUUCGCUCUUGGAAGGCUGCAUGCUGUGGAACUGCAGCGAGGAUGAGGAGAUCCGCAGACAACGACUAUCCGAACAGUGA